AUGUCUUCUUCAUCCCGUCAUCCGGAGACCGUACCCCUGCUGCACGCACACAACAUGGCAGACGAUCUCGGCGGGCCACCAGUGGGCAAGAAUCCUGGAGAUACUAUUCCGCCACCAUACGAAGAGGAGAAGAACGCAAAGAAAGCGCCAACUACUAAGGUCGACCAGAAGGAAUCCGAUGAUCUCCUCUUGAGCCACCCGGGGUCUGAGCGCAGAUUUUGGUUCCAGCGAGGCACCAAAUUCGACGCCUCAGCCAUCGCCACUCAGCGCUCCGUCUUUGACGAUCCUGAUCUUGCAAAGCACUACGAACCACGCCCAGACUGGGAGAACAUCCACCGUUUUGACCCAUCUGCAAGGUGGACAUGGGCAGAGGAAUACAAACUGAUUCGAAAGAUCGAUAUCCGCAUCAUGGUCUUUGCUUGUAUCAUGUUCAUGGCCCUGGAGUUGGACCGCUCCAACCUGGAGCAGGCACUUACCGACGACUUCCUCGGGAAUCUUGGCUUGAAUACUAAUGAUUACAAUUUGGGCAACACUGUCUUCAAACUUUCCUUCCUGUGCGCCGAGCUCCCCUCCCAGCUUGUAAGCAAGUGGAUGGGCCCUGACCGAUGGAUACCUACUCAGAUGGUUCUGUGGUCCAUCGUUGCCUCGGCCCAAUUCAAGCUUGACGGGAGAGCCUCGUUCCUCGCUUGCAGAGCGCUCCUUGGGAUAUUGCAAGGAGGCUUUAUUCCAGAUGUCAUACUGUACCUGUCGUACUUUUACAAGCACCACGAACUCUCUCUCCGCUUGGGGUUCUUCUGGACAGCAAUGAGCUUUGCCGACAUCCUAGCCAGCUUCCUCGCGUACGGCAUUUUGCACCUCAGAGGUCAUCAGGGACACUCUGGAUGGCGUUGGCUUUUCUUGAUUGAGGGUAUCUUGACACUGGCCAUCGGCUUGCUCGCAUACGUCCUGAUGCCACCCGGGCCAACACAGACGGCCAAUUGGGCACGUGGUAAAAAGGGCUGGUUCGAUGAAAGGGAGGAAAUUAUCAUGGUGAAUCGCGUCAUCCGAGAAGAUCCCAGCAAGUCUGAGAUGCAUAACCGCGAAGCCCUUACUCCCAAGAUGCUGUGGCAGAGCUUGAAAGAUUUUGAUCUCUGGCCGCUCUACAUCCUCGGACUUACUUUCCAAAUCCCUAUGACCACGCCGUCCAAGUACCUCACGCUGACGCUGAAGACGCUUGGAUUCAGUACAUUGAACACGAAUCUGCUCGUCAUUCCCUCUCAGGUUGUCCACAUCUUCACAAUGCUGGGAGUCACGUAUCUGGCCGAAGUGUGGCGCAGUCUCGCGUUCACGGCCAUGGUCGGGCAAAUCUGGGCACUGCCCUUCGUGACCGCUCUCUACGUCCUGGACAUCAACAAACUCAACCAGUGGACAGCCUGGGCCAUCAUGACCAUCUUCCUCAGCUACCCCUCACCCCAUCCGAUCCAGGUGGCAUGGAACUCGCGCAUCUCAAACACCGUGCGCUCGCGCACCGUGUCCGCAGCCGUGUACAACAUGUUCGUCCAGGCGAGCGGCAUCAUCGCCGCAAACAUCUACCGUGAAGAUGACAAACCGCGCUAUCGCCGCGGCAACCGCGCGCUGCUCGCCAUCAACGUGUUGAACAUCGUCCUUUACUUGCUGACCAAGGCGUACUACGUCUGGCGCAACCGAUCCAAGGCGGAGAAGUGGGAUUCGAUGACGCAGGAGGAACGCGAGGAAUAUCUGGCGACGACUGCGGAUGAGGGGAACAAGAGGCUGGAUUUCCAGUUCGCACAUUGA